AUGGCUUGAAUUUUCAAGAAAAUUGUCCUCUUAGCAGAGGUAAAUGGAGCCUCUCCUUUUCAUGAGAAACUAUUGAACGUGGAAGAAAGGCUCCACAUUUCCAUAGUUAUGGCUCUCUUUUCUUCCCUCACACCAGUAUUUAUAGCCAUUAUAUGUGUUUUGAUUGGGGUAAUAAUGAAGAAGACAAGUGGAGAGAAGGAAAAACAUGACACUAAAAGCAAGCAUCCAUCUCGCCCGUGGGUGGAUGAAGAUUUAAAAGAUGGCACUGACCAUCCCUUAGAAGAAGAAGAGGGUGAGGAAGAGUGGCAAGGACUUGAAGAAAAUGUUGCCCAUGUCCCCUUCGCUGGCGAGCGCUACUCUGAGGCUGAAAUGAUCAAGAGGUCACAGACAUUCUAUGAGCUUCUAAAUAAGAGACGAUCUGUCAGGUUUCUCAGUGAUGAGCCAGUCCCCAGGGAGGUCAUUGAUAAUGUCAUCAGAACAGCAGGUACUUCACCUAGUGGAGCACACACUGAGCCCUGGACCUUUGUGGUAGUGCAAGAUCCAUAUUUAAAACAUAAGAUUCGUGAAAUUGUAGAAGAAGAAGAGGAAAUCAACUACAAAAAAAGGAUGGGAGACAGAUGGGUAAAUGACCUGAAAAGAUUGAGAACGAAUUGGAUCAAAGAGUACUUGGACACUGCUCCGUAUCUGAUCCUCAUUUUCAAGCAGGUGUAUGGGCGGCUUCCAAAUGGCAAAAAGAAGACCCACUACUACAAUGAAAUCAGUGUUUCCAUUGCCUGUGGUAUCCUGCUUGCUGCACUGCAGAACGCGGGUCUGUACACAGUGACCUCCACCCCGCUGAACUGCGGCCCCCAGCUGCGGGUGCUGCUCCAGCGGCCAGCGAACGAGAAGCUCCUGCUGCUGCUCCCCGUUGGCUAUCCCAGGAAAGAUGCCACCGUGCCUGCGCUGACACGGAAGCCGCUGGAAGACAUCAUGGUGGUGAUGUGA